UUCGUCCGCCUUAACGAUCUCUCCGGAGAUGGAGGUCGCUCUUCGGGCUCAGGGGACAAAGAGAAGGAUCCAGGCAGUGGGGACUCGGACGGGGAAGCGCUCCCUUAUCCCGCCCUGGCCCCGACCGUCUUCUUUUACCUGAGCCAACACAGUCGCCCCAGGAGCUGGUGCCUGAAGAUGGUGUGCAACCCCUGGUUUGAAAGAAUGAGUAUGCUGGUAAUUCUCCUGAACUGUGUCACUUUGGGCAUGUUCCACCCUUGUGAAGACAUGGGCUGCGACUCUCCACGCUGCAAGAUCCUCCAGAGCUUUGAUGAUUUUAUCUUUGCCUUCUUUGCGGUGGAAAUGAUAAUCAAGAUGAUUGCCUUGGGGAUUUUUGGGAAGAAGUGCUACCUGGGAGACACGUGGAAUCGUCUGGAUUUUUUUAUAGUUUUAGCUGGCAUGCUGGAAUACUCUUUGGACUUGCAGAAUGUCAGUUUCUCAGCUGUUCGGACAGUCAGGGUACUCCGGCCUUUGAGAGCCAUUAACAGAGUUCCUAGUAUGCGCAUCCUGGUCACCCUGCUUUUGGACACACUUCCUAUGUUGGGGAAUGUCCUCCUUCUCUGUUUCUUUGUCUUCUUCAUCUUUGGUAUUGUUGGAGUCCAGCUUUGGGCAGGGCUGCUUAGGAACCGCUGCUUUCUACCUGAAAACUUCAGUCUGCCUUACACACUGGAGCUGGAAUCCUACUAUCAGACAGAGAAUGAAGAUGAAAGCCCUUUUAUCUGCUCCCAGCCUCGAGAAAAUGGGAUGCGGGAUUGCCGCAGUGUUCCCAUACGGAGGGAGGAAGGCCUGGUGUGUACCCUGAACUAUUAUUCCUACAACGACACCAGCAACACCUCUUGUGUCAACUGGAACCAAUAUUACACAAAUUGUUCUGCCGGGGAGCACAACCCUUUCAAAGGAGCUAUCAAUUUUGAUAACAUUGGAUAUGCAUGGAUUGCAAUAUUUCAGGUCAUCACCCUGGAGGGCUGGGUAGAUAUCAUGUACUUCGUCAUGGAUGCUCAUUCCUUCUACAACUUCAUCUAUUUCAUUCUCCUGAUCAUUGUGGGCUCUUUCUUCAUGAUAAAUCUCUGCCUCGUGGUCAUAGCAACCCAGUUCUCAGAGACCAAGCAGCGAGAGAGCCAGCUAAUGAAGGAGCAGCGAAUCCGCUACCUCUCCAACGCAAGCACGUUGGCUAGCUUUUCGGAGCCAGGAAGCUGUUACGAUGAACUUCUCAAAUACCUUGUCUAUGUCCUUCGGAAGGCCGGCAAGCAAGUGGUAGAAACUUGUUGGACCACAGGGGUAAAGAUGGGCUUUCUCUCCAGCCCAAGCAGUAAGAACAGCACAGAGAGACAACUGUGCAAACAUCAUCCGCAGAAAAGGUCAUCAGUACAUCACCUCAUUCACCAUCACCAUCACCACCAUCACCACUAUCACCUAGGCAAUGGAAGCCUACGGGCCCCACGAGCCAGUCCAGAAAUUAGUGAUGUGGAAACCAGCUCCAUUCACAACGGUGCCAAUCGGUUGAUGCUUCCUUCAGUAGUCAAUCCUUCUCACAUGGCACCGGGCAACACGGAAUCUGUUCACAGUAUCUACCAUGCAGACUGCCAUUUUGAGCCAAUUCAUUGCCAAUCAUCUCUCUCUCAGACUGGUCUCAGUUUGCCGGGACCUGAGGUGCUCCCCAGGACCAUGGUUGGCAGCAAGGUUUACCCAACAGUACACCCAAGUAGCUCCCACGAGCUCCUCAAAGAUAAAGGUUUUCCAGAGUCCGCAUUGAACCCCGGGACUAGCAUGCUGAUGAAUCUUAACAUCCCUCCAGGGCCUUAUAGUCCGAUGCAGAAGAUAUUGGAAACACAGAGCACUGAUCCCUGUCAAAGUUCCUGCAAGAUUUCCAACAAAGGGGGCAAACCUGAUAAUAUUUGCAGCCCAGAAAGUUGUCCCUAUUGCACAAAAACUUUGGCUAACAAUCCAGAGCAGAAGGAUCAUGAGGCAGGAGACUCCGAUAGCGAUGUGGUAUAUGAAUUCACCCAGGAUGCUCACUACAGUGACCAGCGAGACCCUAAGCGCCAGAAAGCUCAGGGAAGAAAAACACGAAAAUUUCUAGCCUUCUGGAAGGUGGUUUGCGAGACGUUUCGGAAGAUUGUGGAUAGCAAAUACUUUGGCCGUGGCAUCAUGAUUGCUAUCUUGAUCAAUACUCUCAGCAUGGGCAUUGAAUAUCACGAGCAGCCAGAAGAACUCACCAAUGCUCUGGAAAUCAGCAAUAUUGUGUUUACUAGCCUCUUUGCCCUAGAGAUGCUUCUGAAGCUUCUUGUGUAUGGCCCUUUUGGUUACAUCAAAAAUCCUUACAAUAUCUUUGAUGGAAUCAUUGUAGUGAUCAGUGUGUGGGAGAUUGUUGGACAGCAAGGUGGAGGCUUAUCUGUUUUAAGAACCUUCCGUCUUAUGCGAGUUCUAAAACUGGUCCGGUUUAUGCCUGCUCUUCAACGCCAAUUAGUGGUCCUCAUGAAAACAAUGGACAAUGUGGCCACCUUCUGUAUGUUACUGAUGCUCUUCAUCUUUAUCUUCAGUAUCCUUGGGAUGCAUCUCUUUGGGUGUAAGUUUGCCUCAGAGAGAGAUGGAGACACUCUCCCUGACAGGAAGAAUUUUGAUUCCUUGCUCUGGGCCAUUGUUACUGUUUUCCAGAUUCUGACCCAGGAAGACUGGAAUAAAGUCCUCUACAAUGGCAUGGCUUCUACCUCUUCCUGGGCCGCUCUCUACUUCAUAGCCCUCAUGACAUUUGGAAAUUACGUUCUCUUUAAUUUGUUGGUUGCUAUCUUGGUGGAAGGCUUUCAGACGGAGGAAAUCACCAAACGGGAAGCAGCGAGUAGGCAGUUAAGCUGUAUUCAGCUGCCUGUCGACUCGUCAGUGGGGGAUGCUACUAAGUCCGAUUCUGAGGGGGAACUUUUCCCCCAUAGUUUGGAAGAAGAGUGUGGACUUAAGAAAAAUUUUUCAAAUCCAGCUUUGAUGGCUCUUUGUGACCGCCCAGAGCUAAAGAAGAGCUUGACUCCCCCACUUAUCAUUCACACAGCUGCUACACCCAUGUCCAUGCCAAAAAGUGCUAUCCAUGGAGAAGUGGCUCAGGACUAUGGUUCCCGAAGAGCUAGUGGCAUCUCCAUGGAUCCUAAUACAUUUGAUCUCAAAUCCCCGGUCAGUGCCCGGAGUUCUCCACAUAGCCCAUGGAGUGCAGGAAGUAGCUGGAACAGCCGCAGGUCGAGCUGGAACAGCAUUGGGCGGGCACCUAGCUUGAAACGCCGUACAAACCAGAGCAGUGAACAUAAAUCGCUUUUGUCAGGGGAUGGGAAGCAGAGUUCAGAAGAAGGGGACAGCUCGGAUGAAGAGCAGUCCAGCAAGACUGGGAGCAUCAACGGCUCUAUACCUCACCGCAUGGAGUCACUAGAAACCAAAGGCUCCUUUGACUUCCAAGAUACCCUGCAGGUGCCUUCUCUUUACCGGACCAGCAGCAUCCAUAGUAGCCACAGCUCUGCAGCAGACUACAAUGGCAAAGCCACCUCAAGAGUCUUGAUUCAGCAGCUUCAUUUGGAUGAUCCACUCCCGGAAUGUGAUGACAUGGAUGAUGAAGGCAAUUUAAGUAAAAAGGAUCGCAUGAAAGCUUGGAUAAGGGCACGCCUCCCUUCCUGGUGCAAGGAGAGAGAUUCCUGGUCUAUCUACAUCUUUCCUCCUCAAUCUAAAUUCCGUGUCAUAUGCAAUAAAAUCAUUUCCCACAAGAUGUUUGAUCACAUUGUCUUGGUUAUCAUUUUCCUGAACUGUAUCACCAUUGCAAUGGAGCGUCCCAAAAUUGAGCCCCACAGUGCUGAACGGAUUUUCCUCACUCUCUCCAACUAUAUUUUCACAGCAGUGUUCUUGGCUGAAAUGACCAUCAAGGUGGUGGCUCUGGGCUUGUGCUUCGGAGAGAAGGCCUACUUGCAAAGCAGUUGGAAUGUGCUGGAUGGGGUAUUGGUCCUCAUCUCUAUGGCUGACAUCCUGGUUUCAAUGGUUUCUGAUAGUGGAACAAAAAUCCUUGGAAUGCUAAGGGUUUUAAGGCUUUUGCGGACUCUCAGGCCAUUAAGGGUCAUCAGUCGAGCACAAGGGUUGAAGUUGGUUGUGGAAACCCUGAUGUCCUCCCUGAAGCCCAUUGGAAACAUUGUUGUGAUUUGCUGUGCUUUUUUCAUCAUUUUUGGCAUCUUGGGAGUCCAGCUGUUCAAGGGGAAGUUUUUUGUCUGCCAAGGGGAAGACACAAGGAACAUUACCAACAAGUCAGACUGUGCAGAAGCCAACUAUAAAUGGAUCCGGCACAAGUAUAAUUUUGAUAAUCUUGGCCAGGCUUUAAUGUCUUUAUUUGUUCUGGCAUCUAAAGAUGGGUGGGUGGACAUCAUGUACGAUGGAUUGGAUGCUGUAGGAGUAGACCAACAGCCUGUCAUGAACUAUAACCCUUGGAUGCUUCUCUACUUUAUCUCCUUCCUGCUGAUUGUUGCCUUCUUUGUGCUCAACAUGUUUGUGGGGGUCGUGGUGGAGAAUUUCCAUAAAUGUCGUCAGCAUCAGGAAGAAGAAGAAGCCAAGAGACGGGAAGAGAAGAGGCUCAAACGCCUGGAGAAAAAGAGAAGGAAAGCACAGUGUAAACCGUACUACUCUGAUUAUUCUCGCUUCCGACUUCUGAUUCACCAAAUGUGCACCACCCAUUACCUGGAUUUAUUCAUCACAGGUGUGAUUGGCCUCAAUGUCAUCACCAUGGCUAUGGAGCAUUACCACCAGCCCAAGAUCCUUGAGGAAGCUCUGAAGAUCUGCAAUUACAUUUUCACAAUCAUCUUUGUCAUGGAAUCGGUUUUCAAGCUCGUUGCAUUUGGGUUUCGUCGGUUCUUUCAAGAUAGAUGGAAUCAAUUGGACCUAGCAAUUGUCCUCUUGUCCAUCAUGGGGAUCACGCUGGAAGAGAUUGAGGUGAAUGCAUCACUGCCCAUCAACCCUACCAUUAUUCGCAUUAUGAGAGUCCUCAGGAUUGCUCGAGUGUUAAAAUUGCUGAAGAUGGCUGUAGGGAUGAGAGCUCUUCUGGAUACAGUCAUGCAAGCACUGCCUCAGGUGGGGAAUCUAGGUCUCCUCUUCAUGUUGUUGUUUUUCAUAUUUGCAGCUCUUGGAGUGGAGCUGUUUGGGGAUCUUGAAUGUGAUGACACUCAUCCUUGCGAGGGUUUAGGGAGGCAUGCAACAUUUCGCAACUUUGGAAUGGCUUUCCUCACACUCUUCCGUGUAUCCACAGGAGACAAUUGGAAUGGGAUAAUGAAGGACACAUUGCGGGACUGCGAUGAGGAAUCCACCUGUUACAACACCGUCAUCUCGCCUAUCUACUUCGUCUCUUUUGUGCUGACAGCCCAGUUUGUCCUGGUGAAUGUGGUGAUUGCUGUCCUGAUGAAGCACCUGGAGGAGAGUAACAAGGAAGCUAAAGAAGAAGCAGAACUGGAGCUGGAGUUGGAAAUGGAAAUGAAGACAAUUACACCGGGUGUGCAGCCACCUUCUGACUCUUUCAUGUGGACAAGCGGUAACACAGGAGAAUGGCCUGAGAGUCCUGGAGGAUACGCCAACCCCAUGCAAAUCAAAGUGAAUUCUCAGCUGUCCACGGUUCAUCCUAUGACCGAUCUUCCUUCCAUUAAUGACCCCCUGAUUCUCUCAUCCAACCAGGAUCUGCUGAGAGUAGGGAAGACUUCUGUGGGUCGCACCCACUCUCUGCCGAAUGACAGCUAUAUGUUUCAGGCGCCAGAUGCUGGCCCCUAUGAUGCUGGCCCCUUGGGAGAAAAAAACUCAUCUCAUCAAAAAUCUCAAUCAGGGUCAACAACAUCAGUGCAGUCUCAGCCUGCAAGCACUGAUGCUGCUUUACACAUUGCAAGGAACCGAUUCCACCGUCUCAAGCCCCAAUACAAUCUCAACUGGGAAAGCAAGCCCAACGUUGCUCCACCUGCGCGUUCUCCAUGUGCAGAACGCUUACUUCGCAGACAGAUGGCCAUACGGAAUGAUUCUUCGGAUACUCAUAGUUCAGAAAGCAGAGAGAACCUCCAUGCCGAGGUGAGUGAGCUCUCUGAUUCCAAUUUGUCAGCCCCGUCCACCGAGGACCUUUCUAUCACUUUGACAUCCUCGGAAGCAAGAGAGUCUGCCAGCUGGGCCCGAUCCAGUGUUCACACUCAGCAACAUUCCCGCAAUCAAUAUAACAUCUCCAAGCAUGUUCCAGAUUUGUGUGCCUGUACAGACUCUCUUCAGGAACUACCUGGGGAUCCGCUGGACCAAGAAGUAUCAGAAAUAAACAGCUGUUUUACUUCAGGAACUUGUUCAGCCAUGAGUGCCUCAUCAGUGGUCCAGCCUGAGACCCCUAAGAGAAAUGUAGGCAACAGUGGCAAUGUUCCUUUGAAGGACCUGAAGAAAUGCUACAGUGUGGAUACACAAGGUCUUCUUAAAAAACCGUCAUCGUGGUUAGACGAUCAAAGGAGACAUUCCAUAGAAAUUUGUUCCAUGGAAAACAGCCCCCAACAUCAUUCCACCUCUAGUUCUUCUGGCUUCAUCAGUCAGGUCUUCAGUGAAAUGGAGGGCUUGCAAGGGACACGGCCAAAGAAAAAAAUGAGCCCCCCAUGUAUAUCCAUAGACCCUCCUGAGGAACAGAGGUUGCUACUAAGGAGGUCUUGCACCGCGUCCCCUUCCAGUGCAGAUGUUUGCUUGAGAAGACGUGCACCAUCUUGGGACUCCAAGGACUCAGUUGAUGGAGGGGACUCAACCCUCCCAGACAGUCUGUCAAUAACUCCAACUCCAAAGAAAGACUUGCUGACACUCCCUAGUUUUUCCUUUGAUCAACCAGAUGUCGACCCUUGA